CACAUGGGGAGGAAGCUCUCGAAGAGGCGCUCCACAAUGUUCUCCAACCUGAAGCUCAUGGACAACUUCUCCCGCACCGUGGACGACGAAGUCCCCUUUUCCCAAGACCGCAUGAUCAAGGCCUGGAAUUCCAUGGAGAACCUGGAGAAGGAGGAGCCUGAGACCCUGCAGAAGAAGACUCGCCACACAACAACCACAACAACAACGACAACAACAACAACAAGAAAGCCCUUGGGGAAAAUAGCCCACGCGCCAGCGAGGAAACCUUCAUCUCACAUCAUGAACAUCAAUGUGGGCGGCCGCACGUUCCUGAUCCCCAAGAGCCUGGCGGCGAGGCACCCCAAGACGCGCAUCGGCUCGCUGGCUCUCUGCACCAACCGCGUGGAGCAGCUGACUCUCUGCGACGACUACUCCGUCCGCAAGAACGAGUUCUUCUUCGACCGCGACCCCGUGUUCUUCAACUACGUCUUCCGGUUCUACCACAGCGGCGUGCUGUGGGUGAUGCAGGAGCUGUGCCCCAUCAACUUCGAGGAGGAGAUCAAGUACUGGGGCGUGGGCCUGAAGGACACCCAGCGCUGCUGCCGCAUCCUCUUCGAAGAGAAGGUGGACGAGCUGCGUGACUACCUGAAGGUGGAGCGCGAGCUCAUGGCUCAGAUCGAGCACCAUAUCGACGAGGACGGCUUCAAAACCAUGUUCCUGGGCGGCGUGCGCAAGGCCCUCUGGGACCUGAUGGAGAAUCCGUACUCGUCCCUCCCCGCCAAGGCCUUCGCCGUCUUCUCCAGCCUCUUCGUGCUCAUCUCCAUCGUGGCCAUGACGCUCAACACGGUCAAGGAGCUGAAGUGCGAGGCGGUGUACGGCAAGACCUACUUCGAGUGCAUAGAGAUCUUCUCCAUCCUCUUCUUCACCGCCGAGUACUUCCUGCGGCUGCUGACCACCUGCGACGUGGGACACUUCCUGCGGAGCGCGCUGAACUUUGUUGACUUGGUGGCCGUCAUGCCGUACUUCAUCCAGCUGGUCUUCGAGGCCUUCAGCGACCCGGAGGACGUCAGCGCGCAGGACGACCUCAAGACCAUGGCAAGGGUCAGCAAGGUCAGCAAGAUCCUCAAGAUCGUCAAGCUCAUGCGCAUCUUCCGCAUUCUCAAGCUGGCGCGCCACUCCACGGGCAUGCGGGCCUUCGGUUUCACCCUGCGCCAAUGCUACCAGCAGGUGUGCUGCCUGUUCCUCUUCAUCGCCAUGGGCAUCUUCACCUUCUCUGCCCUGCUGCACUCUGUGGAGAGGGAUGUGCAGGGCACGCCCUUCAGCAGCAUACCCGACGCCUGGUGGUGGGCAGCGGUCAGUAUCUCCACAGUGGGCUAUGGUGACGUGGUGCCGGUGUCGGUGCUGGGCCGGCUGGUGGCGUUCGCCUGCAUCUCCUUCGGCAUCAUCCUGAACGGCAUGCCCAUCUCCAUCCUCUUCAACAAGUUCUCCGACUACUACGCCAAGCUGAAGGCGCAGGAGUAUACACAGGCCACAGGUGUGCAGAGCGGGCUGCAGGUGAAGAGGCGUCUGCGGAGGAAGAUGGACAUGUGUUUCCACCCCGCGCCGCGCGAGAUAGAGGUGAUCACCUGAGAGACCAGAGGAGACGCGGGUACACACCUGAGCGGACACGAGAGGAGACACCUGAGCAGACACGAGAGGAGACACCUGAGCAGACACAAGAGGAGACACAUGAGAAGAGAUGGAAGUGCUCCCCUGAGAGUAGAGUAGAGUAGAGUAGAGGAGAAGAGAUGGGUGUACACCAUGAUCUCGGAACUGCAGUCCUCAACUCUCAAUACUUCCAUGAUCUUCUGACCAUAGAGGAGAGGAGACAGAUGUGCUCACCUGGGUGAAGAUGAGGCCGAUUUCCCCACACGAGCUUGGGUUCUUUCCUGCUGACAUGACGUGAGGCUACUAGAGCAUGUCUGCUCACACGAGAGCAAUGUCCAUCACAACAAGGGAGCUUUUGUGGUGUGCGGAUAUUUAUUCCUUUUUUCAUUGCGUUUCUCCCACUGUGAUAGCUUUUUUGGGAUGUGCGCGCACCUCACAACCUUUUGAGCAAUAGCCAUCAGACCAUCUGAGCUCUGAUACUGGGCAUGUAUUGUAUUCCCACCUUAACUCGCAGGACAUGGACAUGUUCACAUGAGCUCAAUAACUAUGUUUUAUGUGUCCACCUGACAUCAGCAGCUGGACAUUUACUCACCUCAUCUCAACAGUUACAUGCUCAGGUGAAAUUCGUAGCUGAAUGUCCUCAUCUGAGGUCAUUGGUUACCUGCCGAAGUGAGCUCUGCAGCUAGACAUGUUUCCUUCCCAACUUAGCAGCGGUUGGACGUGUCUUUUCACCUCACGUCCAAUCAGAUGGAUGUGCCCAUCUCAGCCCAAUAGCUGGAGAUGUUUGUCUGCAUCAGCUUAGCGUUAAAAAAUGUGUUUAUACCUCAUGUUGAACAAGAUGGUUGUGCCCUCCUGAGCUCAUCAAAUGGACGAUGUGUUCAUACAUACACCUGAGCUCAAUACUUACAUGUUCAAGAGAGCUGAGAGGAGACAAAAAUGUGCUGUUCUGAGCACAAUAGCUACGUGAGCACAACAACUGAACAUGUGUGUGCAGUGCACCUUGCACCCUCAAGGGUGAGUUUGUUCUAUAGCUACUGUAUGUGCCCACCGAAGUUCAGCAGCUGGAUAUGGGCUUACAGCCAGUGCUAGAGGAGACGGCUACUGUAUGCCCAGAGUCGGACUUUACAUUAGGCAAACCUAGGCAAUUGCCUAGGGCCCUGACCAAAUUUGCCCUCCAUAGGGGCCCCUAUCUGUCACAACAGUCGCAAUAAACGCACAAAAAGUAGGCCUGGUCUUAAUUUGUCACUUAUGUAAUUGAAGAUAUGCUGUUUGAGACCAAACA